AUGUUUUCAGCUGACGACGUUGUCCUGAGCCAUGGUUCAGCAAGCGGGCAUGACUUGGUGCUUGAAGAACUUCCACUUCCACAAGACUUUGCCUGGGGUACGGCCACGGCAGCAUAUCAAGUCGAAGGCGGUGCCUCACAAGAUGGCAAAGGUCCAUCGAUAUGGGAUACCUUUUCUCACCUCGAACCCUCGCGCACGAACGGCGAGAACGCAGAUGUUGCAUGCAAUCACUGCAAUCUCGUAGAGGACGAUGUGGAGUUGAUGUCAUCCCUCGACGUCGAUGUUUAUAGAUUCUCAAUGUCCUGGUCUCGUAUCAUCCCACUUGGAGGACGCAAUGACCCGAUCAAUGGGAAAGGCAUUUCUUUUUAA